GGAAUAUGGACUGACUAGCUCCGUACCAUGGAGUCCGCGAGUUGGUUAAGCACCUUCUGCUUUCUCCUCUGUCUGAGAUCAGUUUUAGGGUUUGGUGUGGACCCCUCGCUGCAGAUUGACGUGCUGUCAGAAUUGCAGCUGGGAAAUUCCAUAGCUGGAGUGCUGCAGGUCCAAGGGCUGCACAAUGGGAGCAAAGCAUUUCUCUUCCAAGAUACUUCAAGAAAUGUAAAAGCAUCCCCAGAGACAGCUGAAGUCUUUUUUCAGAAGUUAAGAAAUAAAUAUGAAUUCACAGUUUUGGUGACUCUAAAACAAGCCCAUUUAAAUUCAGGUGUUAUUCUUUCUAUUCAUCAUUUAGAUCAUAGGUACUUGGAACUGGAGAGCAGUGGACAUCGAAAUGAAAUCAGGUUGCAUUACCGUUCAGGCGGCCAUCGCUCACACACAGAAGUGUUUCCGUACAUUUUGGCAGAUGAUAAGUGGCACAGGCUUUCCUUAGCAAUCAGUGCCUCACACUUGAUUUUACAUGUGGACUGUAAUAGAAUUUAUGAAAGGGUUGUGGAAAAGCCCUACAUGGAUUUACCUUUGGGUACAGCAUUUUGGUUGGGACAGAGGAAUAACGCACAUGGUUAUUUUAAGGGCAUAAUGCAAGAUGUGCAACUACUUGUCAUGCCUCAAGGAUUUAUUUCUCAGUGCCCAGAUCUUAAUCGCACCUGCCCAACUUGUAAUGACUUCCAUGGACUUGUACAGAAAAUCAUGGAGCUACAGGACAUUUUAGCCAAAACAUCAGCUAAGCUGUCCCGAGCUGAGCAGAGGAUGACUAAAUUGGAUCAGUGCUAUUGUGAAAGGACCUGCAUCAUGAAGGGCACCACCUACAGAGAAUUUGAAUCCUGGACAGAUGGCUGUAAGAACUGCACUUGCAUGAAUGGUACUGUGCAAUGCGAAGCACUGAUUUGCCCAUUUUCUGAUUGUCUACUGAAUUCUGCUCCUGCGUAUGUGGAUGGCAAGUGCUGUAAAGAAUGCCAACCGGUGUGCAUAUUUGAAGGCAGAACCUACUUCGAAGGACAGAGAGAAACUGUGUAUUCAAAUUCAGGGGACUGUGUUCUUUUUGAGUGCAAGGACCACAAAAUGCAGCGCACUACAAAAUCGGACUGCCCAACCUUGAACUGCCCAGAUUCUCAACAAAUCUCCUUGUCUCACAGUUGCUGCAAAGUUUGUAAAGGCCAUAACUUUUGUUCUGAAGGACAUAACUGCAUGGAGCAUUCUGUCUGCAGAAACCUAGAGGACAGGGCUGUGUGUAGCUGCCGAGAUGGUUUCAGAGCCCUUCGAGAGGACAAUGCCUACUGUGAAGAUAUUGACGAGUGUGCUGAAGGACGGCAUUAUUGUCGUGAGAAUACCAUGUGUAUAAAUACACCGGGGUCUUUCAUGUGUAUCUGCAGAACAGGAUACAUACGAAUUGAUGAUUACUCCUGCACAGAGCACGAUGAAUGCAUCACAAACCAGCACAGCUGUGAUGAAAACGCACUCUGCUUCAACACUGUGGGUGGGCACAACUGUGUCUGCAAGCCAGGUUAUACAGGAAAUGGUACUGUGUGUAAAGCAUUUUGCAAAGAUGGUUGUAGGAAUGGAGGAGCCUGCAUUGCUUCCAAUGUCUGUGCCUGUCCACAGGGCUUCACUGGACCCAACUGUGAAACUGACAUUGAUGAAUGCUCAGAUGGCUUUGUUCAAUGUGACAGCCGUGCUAACUGCAUUAACCUGCCUGGCUGGUACCACUGUGAGUGCAGGGACGGCUACCAUGACAAUGGGAUGUUUUCACCGAGUGGAGAAUCAUGUGAAGACAUUGAUGAAUGUGGGACUGGAAGGCACAGCUGUGCCAAUGACACUGUUUGCUUUAACUUGGAUGGUGGGUAUGACUGUCGAUGUCCUCAUGGAAAAAACUGCACAGGAGACUGUAUCCAUGAUGACAAAAUCAAACACAAUGGGCAGAUUUGGGUUCUGGAGAACGACCGGUGCUCCGUCUGCUCAUGCCAGAGUGGAUAUGUGAUGUGUCGGCGGAUGGUCUGUGACUGUGAGAACCCUACUGUUGACCUGUUUUGUUGCCCUGAAUGUGACUCAAGGCUCAGCAGUCAAUGUCUACAUCAAAGUGGGGAGCUCUCAUACAACAGUGGAGAUACCUGGGUGCAGAACUGUCAGCAGUGUCGAUGCUUGCAAGGUGAAGUUGACUGUUGGCCUUUGCCUUGUCCAGAGGUGGAAUGUGAAUUCAGUGUACUCCCCAAGAGUGAGUGUUGUCCACGCUGCGUCACUGACCCCUGCCAGGCAGACACCAUCCGUAAUGACAUCACUAAGACGUGUCUGGAUGAAAUUAAUGUAAUUCGCUUCACUGGAUCUUCAUGGAUUAAACACGGCACAGAGUGCACCCUCUGCCAAUGCAAGAAUGGUCAUGUUUGUUGCUCAGUGGAUCCACAGUGCCUUCAGGAACUGUGA